AGAUCUUAGUGCACGGAGUUCGCAUGUCAUUCGUCCGGGUGUAAAACAUUGACAGCACUUAUUUACCUCCUAAUUUAGCCAAUAUGCACCGAUUUUUCCUGAUAUUCAUUGUACUUCUCUGUAGAGGUGGUUUUCACUCCUUUGCAGGCCUUGUAAAUGGACAAAGAACACUGCAGCUUGUAAAUUUGCUAUAUCGCCAUGGUGAUAGGACACCUGUAAACAUCUACCCUACUGAUCCACACCAGGCAGAUACAUGGCCGGAGGGGCUGGGUCAACUGACUACACUUGGCAUGAACAUGCACUACAAUCUUGGCCAAUGGCUGCGGAAACGCUACAUUGAUUCAGGAUUCAUGAAUGCUACAUACAACAGAUUAUCUCUCCAUGUUCGCAGCACUGACAAAGAUCGGACGCUGAUGUCGGCCGAGUCAGACCUGGCCGGACUCUACCCACCACAGGGAAACCAGAAAUGGAAGGCAGGAUUUGAUUGGAUGCCCAUUCCAGUACACACCGUCCCAUUGGAUGAAGAUUAUCUUCUUGAAGCAAAUGGACCACCUUGCCCAGUAUAUGAUGAACUCAAGGAACAGAUAAAGGACGAAGCUGAAUACAAAGAGUUGGAAGCGCAAUACAAGGAUUUUAUGGCUAACCUGACAAUCAACACUGGUUUUAAAACCCCAGUGACUGUAAAUAACAUUUACAAGAUUGAAGAUCCUCUAUUUGUCGAGAGACAGCAUAACUUAUCCUGGCCGGCAUGGACUAACGUUCCAGGAUUCUACACCACUCUUAAAUUUCUGUCUGAUAAAGGCAUGUACUUUCUGUUCAACUCAAAAGAGAAGAGUCGACUGAAAGGGGGUCCAUUGGUUGGUCAAAUCAUAGACAACAUGGUGAAUAAAUCGACCACGACUGACCCAGACGAUCUCAGGCGAAGAGUCUAUAUGUAUUCAGCUCAUGAUACAACAGUGGCAGCUUUCCAAUCAGCAUUAGGUGUCUACAAUGGUCUUCAGCCCCCUCUGGCUUCCUGCGUUGGCAUCGAGAUGUGGAAAGAAGUUAGCGGGGAAUACACAGUCAAUAUGUGGUACCAUAACGAUACAACCAAAGAUGUCCCCUACCCCCUCCUGCUGGAUAACUGUAACAGGUCGUCCUGUCCGCUUGACGAUUUCAUCAAAGUCACCAAGGACAUUGUCCCAGAUGAUAUCAAGCAAGAAUGCGGCGUUGCAGCGCCGGUUGGUCUCAACAGCACACUUAUAAUCAUCCUUGUCAGCAUUGUCAUCGGUCUCCUAGCCAUCAUCAUAAUCGCUCUGGCUGGACUGGUCGUAUGCCGUUGUCGCAGCAACAGGACCAAGGACGGUCACAUCCGACUACCGACAGACGACACGACGGCAUGACUACUUGAGGAGGACAGUGAUGAAUAUGAGCACAGCGCCGGACACAAUACGGAGAUUCUAAUGACACCGGUCUACACUGAAGGAUUCUCCCGUCAUAGACCAAAUUACUAUCGCAAUUAGUGAGGUGGCGCAUCGCUCAUGUGCAUGUGGCACAUGUCCUUUAAGCCUGUUAGUCUCUGUACUGCCCAAAACAGCCCUGCCUAUUACUCCCUAUAGUGCCCGAUACUGCCUGAACACUCUAUGGUUUUAUUGCAUCAUCAUUGAAUAAAUACAAUGUAAUACAAGGAGGCCCAGGUGCUAAAUGGAUAGAUUUGAUGCAUGCGUGUAACAUGAAAGUAGUCAUUCCACCUCUAACCCAAAAACAUUUUUGUAAAUUUUUAGGAAAGAUUUCCAUAUAAGAAGUUCACUCAUUUUCCUCUGUAUUGACUAACA